GUGUGUCUCUAGCCGCCGGAGGAAGAUGAGGCUGAAGAUUGGGUUCAUCUUACGCAGUUUGCUGGUGGUGGGAAGCUUCCUGGGGCUAGUGGUCCUCUGGUCUUCCCUGUCCCCGAGGCUGGACGACCCAAGCCCGCUGAGAAGCACGAGGGAAGACAGAGAUGUCAAUAACCCCAUGCCUAACCGAGGAGGCAAUGGAUUAGUUCCUGGGGAUGACAGAUUCAAACCUGUGGUACCCUGGCCUCAUGUUGAAGGAGUAGAAGUGGAUUUAGAGUCUAUUAGAAGAAAAAACAAGGCCAAAAAUGAACAAGAGCACCAUACUGGAGGAGAGAACCAGAAAGACAUAAUGCAGAGGCAGUAUCUCACUUUUAAGCCUCAGACAUUCACCUACCAUGAUCCUGUGCUACGCCCCGGGAUCCUCGGUAACUUUGAACCCAAAGAACCUGAGCCUCAUGGAGUGGUUGGUGGCCCUGGAGAGAAUGCCAAGCCAUUGGUUUUGGGACCAGAAUUCAAACAUGCAGUUCAAGCCAGCAUUAAAGAGUUUGGAUUUAACAUGGUGGCAAGUGACAUGAUCUCACUGGACCGCAGCAUCAAUGACUUACGGCAAGAAGAAUGCAAAUAUUGGCAUUAUGAUGAAAACCUGCUCACCUCCAGUGUUGUCAUUGUCUUCCAUAAUGAAGGAUGGUCAACCCUCAUGAGAACAGUCCACAGUGUCAUUAAAAGGACUCCAAGGAAAUAUUUAGCAGAAAUUGUGUUAAUUGAUGAUUUCAGCAAUAAAGAACACUUAAAAAAACAACUAGAUGACUAUAUUAAGCUGUGGAAUGGCCUGGUGAAGGUAUUUCGAAAUGAGAGAAGAGAAGGUUUAAUUCAAGCACGAAGCAUUGGUGCCCAGAAGGCUAAACUUGGACAGGUUUUGAUAUACCUUGAUGCCCACUGUGAGGUGGCAGUUAACUGGUAUGCACCACUUGUAGCUCCCAUUUCUAAGGACAGAACUACAUGUACUGUGCCUCUAAUAGAUUACAUAGAUGGGAAUGAUUAUUCCAUUGAACCACAGCAAGGUGGGGAUGAAGAUGGUUUUGCCAGAGGGGCCUGGGACUGGAGUUUACUAUGGAAACGCAUUCCUCUAAGCCACAAGGAAAAGGCCAAAAGAAAACAUAAAACUGAACCUUAUCGAACAAUUUGCACUGUGCCGAUUAUAGAUGUCAUAAAUGGCAACACUUACGAAAUUAUACCCCAAGGGGGUGGUGACGAAGAUGGGUAUGCCCGAGGAGCAUGGGAUUGGAGUAUGCUCUGGAAACGGGUGCCUCUGACCCCUCAAGAGAAGAGAAUCAGAAAAACAAAAACUGAACCAUAUCGGUCUCCAGCCAUGGCUGGUGGAUUAUUUGCCAUUGAACGAGAAUUCUUCUUUGAACUGGGUCUGUAUGAUCCAGGUCUCCAGAUUUGGGGUGGCGAAAACUUUGAGAUCUCAUACAAGAUAUGGCAGUGUGGCGGCAAAUUACUGUUUGUCCCCUGUUCGCGUGUGGGACAUAUCUACCGUCUCGAGGGCUGGCAAGGUAAUCCUCCGCCCAUUUACGUUGGGUCUUCUCCGACUCUGAAGAAUUAUGUCAGAGUUGUAGAGGUUUGGUGGGAUGAGUAUAAAGAUUACUUCUAUGCUAGCCGUCCUGAAUCAAAGGCAUUAGCGUAUGGGGAUAUCUCAGAGCUGAAAAAAUUUCGAGAAGAUCACAACUGCAGAAGUUUCAAAUGGUUCAUGGAAGAAAUCGCAUAUGAUAUCACCUCACAUUACCCUUUGCCACCCAAAAAUGUUGACUGGGGAGAAAUCAGAGGCUUUGAAACUGCUUACUGCAUUGAUAGCAUGGGAAAGACAAAUGGAGGCUUUGUUGAACUAGGACCCUGCCACCGGAUGGGAGGGAACCAGCUUUUCCGAAUCAACGAAGCUAAUCAACUCAUGCAAUAUGACCAAUGUUUGACAACCGGGCCUGAUGGAGCAAAAAUUAUGAUUACACAUUGUAAUCUAAAUGAAUUUAAGGAAUGGCAGUACUUCAAGAACCUGCACAGAUUUACUCACAUACCUUCUGGAAAGUGCUUAGACCGCUCCGAUGUCCUACAUCAAGUGUUCCUCUCCCAUUGUGACUCCAGUAAAAUGACUCAGAAGUGGGAAAUUAAUAACAUCCACAGUGUUUAGAAAGAAUAAAAAAAACCCAAUAACCUACCUACUGACAAGUAAAUUUCCCCAGGACUGAAAACCGCCUGAAACCUGCUGCAACUAUUAUUAAUUCUGUACAGCUCCAAACCCAGAACCUCCUGAUCAGUUCGAAGGACAUUGAUAAACUGUGAUUUU